AUGGCCUUAUAUUUAGCAACCGGGGAAUCUUUCCGUUCAUUGGCAUUUGCAUUUCGUAUAUCCAACAGUUACAUCAGUAUAAUCGUAAAAGAAACAUUGGCCGUUUUAAAACAAAAUUUAAUGCCAAUUUUUUUACCAGAUCGAAGUGGAAUUUGGACGAAGUGGAACUUUCCUAAUUGCAUUCUUGCAAUCGAUGGAAAACACGUUAGAAUUCGUUGUCCCAAUAAUUAUGGUUCCUUGUUUUUUAAUUACAAAGAUUAUUUUUCAACUGUAUUAUUGGCAAUGGUUGACGCAAAUUACAAAUUUGUAGCAAUCGAUGUCGGGUCAUAUGGAAGAGAAGGAGACAGCGGUAUUUUUUUAAAAUCUACUAUGGGACAACAAAUUUUAAACGGUGUAUUCAAAUUUCCUGAAGAUAGUGCCCUUCCUGGUACUGAUAUAAUAGUACCUCACGUUGUACUCGGAGAUCAGGCAUUUAGGUUGCAUAAACAUAUUUUGAGACCGUUUUCUCAAAAAUCAGCAAGGGGAGAUAACAGCAAAACGGUUUUUAAUUAUAGACUUAGCCGCGCUAGAAGAGUAACCGAAAAUGCUUUUGGGUUACUAAGUCAAACAUUUAGAGUGUAUUAUCAGCCAAUCAAUAUUGCUCCAACAACGGUUGAUGAUUUAAUUAUUGUGACAUGUUGUUUACACAAUAUGUUGCGGGACGCAUACUUGGAAAAUAACGGAAAAGCAUACUAUCAAUUUGAUCAGGAAUGUUCAACUCAAAAUAAUAACAUGAGGUCAUUUUCUGGAGAAGGUGGAUUUAUAAAUACGGAAGGAGUUAGAGUAAGAGAUAUUUUUAAAGAUUAUUUUGCAAAUUUAGGAGCUGUACCAUGGCAAAUGUAA